AUGAAAAGAGCAACAAGUUGUAAAUUUUGCGCAAUCAGACUGUUGCCUGUUUAAAUAAUAUUUGAUGUGGAUCAAACUUUAGCCAAAGGCAAUCAUCAAAGUGAUGAAGAACGCUGCCAGCGAUAAAACAGCUGCCAGUGCAGAAGAAACACACCGGUCGCAGUAUUCAUAACAAACCACAUAGACACACACACAUACACUCGCACAUACACACAUACACACACAGACUCGCACUUGAACAAUUUUCUCGCAGACUUUUCUCGCUUUUGUUGGGAUUUAAUGAACAAAUUGAUAGCUUAAUGGCUGCGAAAGAAUCAUUUCGCGACAGACAAACACAAGAAUUGGAAGUUAUAAAGUCCAUAUUCGGUGUUGACGUCGAGGAUCUGCGACCGCAGAGCACUGCCGCCAUAUGGAAGCCAACGGACAUUCGCAUCCUGCUCACCCCGUUGCGAGACUCCGCCAGUGGACAGACACAGGCCUAUGUCAGCACCAAACUGCAUAUCACCUGCCCCUCCAAAUACCCAAAGCUUGCACCUAAAAUCGUGCUGGAGGAGUCGAAGGGUAUGUCGGAUCAGCUAUUGGAGGCGCUGCUUGGUCAGCUGCAGGCCCAAUCCCAGGAGCUGCGUGGCGAAGUCAUGAUUUACGAGUUGGCCCAAACGGUGCAGGCCUUUCUGCUGCAGCACAACAAGCCGCCCAAAGGCUCAUUCUACGAUGAGAUGCUGCAGGCGAAACAGAAGCGCGAACAGGAGCUGCUCCACAUGCAAAAGGAGAAGGAAACACUGGAGCGUCAGACACUAAUUGACGAGGUGGAGCGUCGCAAGGAGAUGUUCAAAACGGAGGCAAAGCGACGAGGCGAACCCAGGCGCAGCAUGAGCGAAUCGAAUAAUCGACAUCCGAGCUCAUCGGAGAGUUCGGAGAACUCGUCGCCAUACUAUCGAGGGCAUAUGUAUCCCAACAAGUGUCUCGACCAUCGAAACACCGAAAUCCUCUACUUCCACAAGAUGGGCAGGCAAAUUCAGCGCGGCUGCUGUUUAGGACAUUCGCAGCGCGGUUGCAUUGCGUACUCUGGCGUCGAUAUGCACAGCGGUCAGUUACUGUACAUCACCGAGUGGAGCAUCAAGUAUUCGCAGCUGGAGCAGCCCUGCUGCGGCAAUGGCAUCUGUCAUUGGAGCGUCGAGUCCAAGUGUGCGGGCAAUCAUCGCGUCGAGGAUCUGGUCGCUUCCAUAGAGAAACAGGUGGCGACACUGGCGCAGCUGCAGCACAAGAAUCUAAUUCAGUACGAGUGCGUGCUGUGCAUUAAACGCAAAGAGGGAUUACUUAUCUAUCUGGUGCAGGACUUUCUGCUCGGCACCAGCGUCUUUAGCAUCUCCUCAUCGCUGGGCUGGUGCAUGGACGGCGCUCGCAUGGUUGCCCGUGGCGUCCUGGAGGCUUUGGUCUUUCUGCAUAACAAGGGCGUCGCGCAUAGUCAUCUGUUGGACAGCACCGUUUUUAUGGACAAUACGGGAAAUAUUCGCUGUACGGAUUUCUCGCUGGUACCCAGUCUGUUGGAGCUGAUUGGCGGAGAUGGCCAGUGCAGCAGCAUUCGUGGCGAUUUGCCAGCAUUGGGCGCCCUCGUCGAGGCUCUGAUGCCCACCAAUAGCUAUGAGAUGCGCGACUUUAUCGACAAAUGCAAUUCGGAUCGUACUCUGUCCGCAUCGGAGCUGCUGGAGCAUCCGUUUCUGCGCCUCUAUGACAACGGGCAACAGCAGAAUUUGACGCUGCAGCAGACGCAUCAUCGCAGCUCCCUGGCGCCGCCAUCGGAUCAAGCCAUGUUGGUUCAACGUGCCGUUGUCCCCUUUCAAAUACCCACACUGGCGCUAAGUCAAUCCCGGCUGCGCACCGAAUUCGAGGUGCUUAUGUAUCUGGGCAAGGGCGCCUUUGGCGAUGUGCUCAAGGUGCGCAACAUUCUCGAUAAUCGCGAGUAUGCCAUCAAGCGUAUUCCGCUGCCGGGUCGUAGUCGCCAGCUGUACAAGAAGAUGACGCGCGAGGUGGAGCUGCUUUCCCGCCUGAAUCAUGAGAAUGUUGUGCGGUAUUUCAACAGUUGGAUCGAGAGUGUCAGUGAUGCGGACGCCGCUGAAAUGGACAAAGUACUCGGCGGCGAUUGGUCACAGAGCCAGGAUCUGAGCAUCAAACCGGCCAAGUCACCACAAUUGGGUCUCGCCGUUCACGAGGAGGAGACGGAGAGCUCGUCCAGCAUGUGGAAUGGUUACAUGAACAACGGCGUGGAUGACUCCGACUCGGAUGGCAUUGAGUUUGUUGACUCGAACGGGAAAGUGGCCGUUUACGAUGACGAUGACGACGAUGAUGAUGAUGAUGAUCACAACCAGCAUAAGGAGGAUUCAUCGCAACGUAAAAUCAACUCGCCGCGUCCACAGAUGCAAGUGAUGUACAUUCAAAUGGAGUUCUGCGAGAAGUGCACUCUGCGCACUGCUAUUGAUGACAAUCUGUUUGAGAACACAGAUCGAUUGUGGCGCUUGUUUCGUGAGAUUGCCGAGGGCCUCUCACACAUUCAUCAGCAGGGCAUCAUCCAUCGCGAUCUGAAGCCGGUCAACAUCUUCUUGGACUCGCAUGAUCAAAUCAAAAUUGGUGAUUUUGGACUGGCAACCACCAGUUUUUUGGCUCUGCAGACGCAUGCGGAAUACCCAACGCACUCAGUGGCACAACAUGUAACAAGCACUGAGGAUGGCACCGGCACGGGAAAAGUGGGCACAACGCUCUAUGUGGCCCCAGAGCUGACGGGCAAUGCCUCCAAGUCGGUGUACAAUCAGAAGGUGGAUAUGUACACCCUGGGCAUCAUAUUGUUUGAGAUGUGCCAGCCGCCUUUUGAUACGAGCAUGGAACGUGCACAGACCAUAAUGCAAUUGAGAAAUGCUUCAAUUGUCAUCCCAGAGAGCAUGCUGCAGGAUAGCAAAUACGAGAAGACAGUGAAGAUGCUGCGCUGGCUGCUCAGUCAUGAUCCCGCUCAACGACCCACUGCCGAGGAGCUGCUCGUCUCGGAUUUGGUGCCGCCUGCCGAACUUGAGGCCAAUGAGCUGCAGGAGAUGCUGCGUCAUGCGCUGGCCAAUCCCCAGAGCAAGGCGUACAAGAAUCUGGUGGCACGCUGUCUGCAACAAGAGAGCGACGAGGUGUUGGAGCACACCUAUCAUCUGAGCAGCAGUCGUGCCAUGAAGUCCUGGAACUCGGCGAUAGUUAUCGAUGACAUUGUUUCGCUCAAUCCACUGAUUGAGUUCGUCAAGGCGAAGGUGGUGAAUGUGUUCCGCAAGCACGGCGCCAUCGAGGUGGAUUCGCCGCUGUUGUCGCCGCUAUCGGCACGCAACAUCAACGUCAACAACAAUGCCGUCCAUCUGAUGACGCAUUCGGGCAGCGUGGUGCUGCUCCCCUGCGAUCUGCGCACCCAGUUCGCCCGACAUGUCACCAUGAACGGUGUGAAUCUCAUACGACGCUAUUGCGUCGAUCGCGUCUAUCGCGAGGAGCGUGUCUUCAACUUUCAUCCGAAGCAGAAUUACGAAUGCUGCUUCGACAUCAUCACGCCGAGCACCAGCAGCCAACUGGUCGAUGCCGAACUGCUGUCGCUGGCUUUUGAGAUUGCCAGCGAGCUGCCCAGUUUGCGGAAGCGUAACAUCGCCAUACGCAUGAAUCACACGAAUCUGUUGCGCUCCAUUCUCAUGUAUUGUAAUGUGCCCCGAUCCCAAUAUGGGGCACUCUUCGAGGGCUACAUGGACUUCAUUGAGGGGCGCAUUUCGCGCUUUCAGUUUCUAUCCAGCAUUAUGUCCAUUGUGGAGAAGUCACGCAGCGCCGCACAGAAUCUGAUGGAUAUGUUGCUUGCCAACUUUCUGCUCACCGGCUCCAGGAGCAGCGUAGAUGAAUCCGCGCUGAAGUCCCUGAUGCGUGGCAAGGGUGAGGCAGCUUCCUUGGCAUGCGCUGCUCUGCGCGAACUGGAAACGGUUGUGGGAUUAGCCUACAGUCUGGGAGUGACAUGUCCCAUUCACAUUUGGGCUGGUCUGCCCAUCAGCUUUGAUCGUGCCAGCACUGGUGGCAUCGUCUGGCAAAUGACCGCUGAUCUGAAACCGAAUCGCUCGGGGCAUCCAUCGGUGUUGGCGAUGGGCGAGCGCUAUGAUGCGAUGCUGCACGAGUUCCAGAAACAGGCGCAGAGCUAUAAUGCUGCGCUGCCGACACGUGGAGUGCUCAGCGGUGCUGGACUCUCGUUCUCGCUGGACAAACUGGUGGCUGCGGUGGGCAUGGAAUAUGCCAAGGAUUGUCGGGCCAUCGACAUUGGCAUCUGUGUGUGUGGCACACGACCACCGCUCAAGGAUGUCACCUACAUCAUGCGACUACUCUGGUCCGUUGGCAUACGCUGUGGAAUUGUGGAGACUGCCAGCGGUGGUGGCGACGAAGCGCAGGAUUUGGCCCGACUGGGGGCAUUGCAUGUGAUACUUGUCGCCGAGAAUGGCUCGCUCCGUGUGCGCUCCUUUGAACGGGAUCGAUUCCAGGAGCGGCAUUUAACCCGUGCCGAACUGGUCGAGUUCAUCCAGAAGAUGCAGCGCAGUGAGGCGAUUAGCGGAGGCGUGGUCGGCUCUGGCGGAGAUUACAGCAGUCAGUUGUCCAAUAUGAGCAGUGGGCCAGGCAACAACGGUCUCAGCUUGUCCGCCUCGAAUGUGAGCAUCAAGAACAACUAUAGCCAGCUGCCCGAUGUCCAGGUGACAUUCCACACCCACGACAAGAUGACGGCGAACUAUAGGCGACGACUAGAGAAUCAGGUGGCACAGCAGAUGAGCUCAACGCUGGCCCAGUUUAGCAAGAAGGAAUCAUUUGUCGUGCUGGUGGUGGAGAUGCCGCCGUCCGUUGUCAAUGCCAUCGUUGGUGCCAUCAAUCCGCGAGUGUUGCGCAAAAAAGAGACUGAACCCGAAAUUAAUUUUGUGAUCGAGAGAUUUCCAAAACACAAACGGUAUAUAUCCGAAAUACACGAGGAGAUUGUCGAUUAUCUGAGCGAGGCCAAGACACCCAUUUUGGCCAUUUAUAGCAUUUCCGAUUCCUAUUAUCGUGUCAUCAUUUGAAUUUCAAUUUGGAGCAACUGCAUCGAACUGAAUGAAGUCUGCUCAAAGCGCCUACAAAAAUUAGUUUAAGCCUUUGUUGCCUUCAAUUAAUGCAACACUAUGUUUUUUCUUAGAUUUACCAAAAAGAAUGAAAAUUUUGUAAGACUUUCGAAUAUUGUUUUCAAAAAGUGCCAAGCAGUUUUUCAAAAAUUGUCUCAAUUAAUUUUAAACGAUUCUUUACAAUUUACAAUUAACGAAAGUCGAAUCAAUUAAAAGCCUUAUGCAAGCUGAACUCUGUUAGAAUUAGAAAAAAAUAUAGUUGAAUUUGUUGCAGCGUUCUAAAUGCUAAUCCUAAUUAAUUAAUUAAUUAAAAUCUCCAAAAAAGGAGUACCCCUAAUUAAUUAUAAUAAGCUAUUUUGUCACAAACUUUACAUACAAAAUG